AUGGCCUUCCCGACUAGUGCUGUCAGGGGCCGGACAGUCUCCAUACUAGUUAAAGGUGAACUGAUAAGCGUAAAAAACACCAUGCGCUACUUAGGCGUCACGCUAGAUGGAGAUUGGACGUUUGCGCCGCAUUUUGAGAAUGCCAUCCCUAAAGCGGAGAGAAUGUUCACUGCUCUUUCUGGCAUAAUGCCAAAUUUGAAAGGGCCAAGAGAGCAGAUACGAAGGUUAUAUGCUAACGUGAUACACUCAGUUUUAUUAUAUGCUGCACCGGUGUGGGCGUCAGACGUAACCGGUAAUAACGGAAUAAAAAGGGAAAUAUCCAAGUUACAAAGGAAAAUCUCCCUGAGAUUGUGCUGUGGAUAUCGCACAAUCUCAUUCGUGGCGGCAAUGAUUCUGGCGCGUCAGAUACCGCUAGAUUUAACUGCCUUGGCUCUACGACGAGUAUAUAUACAGUCCAAAAACUUGGAACAGGAGGGUGCACCACUGGAACACGCAGCCAAGGUAAGACUCUGUAUCCAGGCCAAGCGAGAGGCCUUAACGGAAUGGGAAAACAGGGUGAGGAACAUAUACCACACUAGCGGCCUAAGAACAACCCAGGCUAUCCUUCCAUGUUUCAAAAAAUGGUAUGAGAGGGCUGGAGGAUAUAUUACCUUCCACAGCACUCAAAUGGUCUCUGGACAUGGUUGUUUCCAGGACUAUUUACACAAAAGAAAAAGAGCCGCAUCCUCACUAUGCGAACAUUGUGGAGGUGGACCGGACACAGCACAGCAUACCUUGGAGUUCUGCUCGGCCUGGGAACAGGAGAGGAGGGAGCUGCGGGGUGUGCUGGACAGAAGAACCGGCCUUAGUCUGCCAACAAUUAUAGAGACGAUUGUUGGGGACAAGGAAAAAUGGAGAGCCUUCACUGCCUUCUGUGGGAGAGUAAUGAGGGCCAAAGAGGAGGCGGAAAGAGAGAGAGAGAGAGAGGGCUUGGGGAUAAACCUGAAUAUUCCCUAA